AUCGACGGCGUUGAAGCCGCCUGUUCACAUACACUGACUUUUCUCCAUUAUCAUUUUUUUUUCUUCUCUUCGCUCAUUCGGUGAAAUAGAAAUAUAAUGAGUGAGCAAUAGCAGUGUACGUAGAUGCACAUCCAACACAAUCGAACGUAACCGCGCGCUGUUAACACUGUGAAACCAAAGUGUAACCGAAAACGUCGACCUACUACAGCUGGAGUAGAUUCUACUCCAAAGCUACUACUACUCGCUCGAUUAUACUGCUCAUUGUCUCAAUGUGUGCGUGCGUUAGGUGUGUUGGUGCCUCUACUGCUGCUACUAAUUGCUAUUGCUCCAUAGGCAAAGGCAUUCCGCCUGACACACAUAUAUUCGUACUGCAAUACAUCAAUAUACACAUACACGCGCGUGCUCUCGACACAAAUAGAAAAAAAAGGUCCGCACAUACUCACUCAAUGUUAUACACAAAUUUUCAAAAUGGCUGCCAAGCAAUUUUUCGAUACCAAUUCGGUGGAAGUGUGAAAUAUUUUUUCUCAUCGCGAAUUCAGAACGAAAAAAACAGAUUCAAACGGCAAAAUUGCUAAAAUUGUUCAGUGCGAAGCGAUCGUUUUGGACAUAUUCGAUAUUUACUGUGUGUUGUUUUCAGUUUAUUUCAGUUCGUUUAUUUCGUUUUCGUCUAUUUUAUUGUUUCGUAUAUACAUAUAAUUUUUUUGUUCAUCGUUUCGCGAGAGAAAGAGAUCCAUUCGCUUCGUGCAACAAUUCUACCGAUGUGAACGAAUAGCUACAAUAGGAGAAAAGAAAGAAGAUUUUUUUUUUGGUUCCAAAAACAGACAGAAAAAAAUAAUAAUAACGAAGAAGAAAAGUGAAGCAAGCCACGAACAAAACCAAAAAUAGUGUGAACAAAAUAAAGAACGACAAAAACAAAUACAAAAAAAUAUACAAUUUCUUGAAGUGCUCUUGUUACGAAUCGAGGAAAAAAGAACCCAUUUUUACUACUGAAUUUAGGCAAAUAGAAUCAUUAUCAUCAUCAUCGUCGUCGUCGUCGUUGUCACGAGAAUAAAUUUCAAACGUAAAGUUUUUUUUUCUAUCCGAAAAGAAGCCAAAAGAGUGGCAAAUCGACUAGAAUCGGGAUAAAAGAAAAAAAAAACAACUCAUCCAAUACACCAAAUCAGAAUCAUUCAUUCGCUUAGGAUAAGAAACAAAAAUUGAGCAAAAUGAACGAGAUAGACAGUUUACGACAAGAAGCCGAAUUGCUAAAGAAUGCCAUUCGCGAUGCCCGAAAGGCCGCAUGUGACACAAGCUUAGUACAGGCCACUAAUAAUUUGGAACCUAUUGGCCGUAUUCAAAUGCGCACGAGACGCACACUACGCGGACAUUUAGCUAAAAUUUAUGCUAUGCACUGGGGCAGCGAUUCAAGAAAUUUAGUAUCAGCUUCUCAAGAUGGAAAAUUAAUCGUUUGGGAUUCACAUACCACAAACAAGGUGCAUGCGAUUCCGUUGCGCUCAUCAUGGGUUAUGACUUGUGCGUACGCUCCAUCUGGCAGUUACGUAGCUUGUGGUGGCCUCGACAAUAUAUGUUCAAUUUAUAGUUUAAAAACCCGUGAAGGUAAUGUGCGGGUUUCACGUGAAUUACCUGGCCACACAGGCUAUCUCUCAUGUUGUCGAUUCUUGGACGAUAAUCAGAUAGUAACAAGUUCCGGUGAUAUGUCCUGCGGUUUAUGGGACAUUGAAACUGGCCAACAAGUAACAUCAUUCAUGGGACACACUGGAGAUGUGAUGGCAUUAUCAUUAUCACCACAUUGUAGAGCAUUUGUUUCAGGGGCAUGCGAUGCAUCAGCCAAAUUGUGGGACAUUCGAGACGGUCAAUGUAAACAAACUUUCCCAGGACACGAAAGCGAUAUCAAUGCAGUUACGUUUUUCCCGAACGGUUUCGCCUUUGCGACUGGAUCCGAUGAUGCAACUUGUCGUCUAUUUGAUAUUCGAGCCGAUCAAGAAUUGGCUAUGUAUUCACACGAUAAUAUUAUUUGCGGUAUUACAUCGGUAGCAUUUUCGAAAAGUGGUCGACUUUUAUUGGCCGGCUACGAUGACUUUAACUGUAAUGUUUGGGAUACUAUGAAAGCAGAGCGUGCAGGCAUUUUAGCUGGUCAUGAUAAUCGUGUGUCCUGUCUGGGAGUUACUGAUAAUGGAAUGGCAGUAGCGACAGGAUCAUGGGACUCAUUCUUACGAGUGUGGAACUAAGUCGAAUCGAGAAAACUCGCUGCAUUUAUCAGCAAAGAAACAAAAAAUAUAUAAAAAAGGAGAAAAAAAAACACAAACAAAAAUACACACACACACACAAAAACAUAUUGAGAAAAAAAUGCAACAAAAGCUCUAUACAUAUUAAAUUUAAUUUAAACUCUAAGAAAUUGAAUGAUAAGAAGAGAAAAAAAAACAAUCCAGAAAAUAUUAUGUUCAUAACGUUUAAAAAAAAAAUGAAACAAACAAUUGGUAUAUAACAAUGAUAUAUCUGUAUGAGGAAAAACAAAACUAUUGCGCGUUCUGCACAAAAAAAAACACAAAUACACACAAAAACACACAAAAGGGAUGAAAAAAUACACACACAGAGAAAAAAAUGCAAGAGAACAUGUUUAUAUACAGAUAACUGAUAACGCAUAAAAUUUUAAAUCCAAUCUAUGAGAUUGUCAUUUACCGCGGUGAUGGAAGACAAAAAAAACCAAUGAAACGAGAUGGAGGUGAAAUGAGCACGCUUCGAAAACAUGCACUUGAUGCAUGCGUCCGUGGGCGCGCCAGUCCGGCGUGUGCGGCGCGCAUCAAGCAACGUUGAUGAAAUAAAGCGUUUGAUUUCCAGAGCGAAAACGAGGAAUUUUAGAUUUUAAGCCGUUUUGAAGAUGAUGCGUGCAGAUGUACAAUGAAGCAAACGCUAUGCUUCUUUUUUACUCGCGUGUGCUCGCAUAUUCAAUAUCGUUUCGAUGAUAAAAUGCAAUCAAAAUGAUCUAAUUUCUAAAAUGUUGUCCCUUUGGACAGAUGAUGUGUUAGAAAAGGUUUGGAUCUCUAUCUCAGGCAAGAGAAAAUCUUUUUUCUCUGUCAAUCCUGCGGCGCGUGAGCCAUAUGUGUUCUGUUGUCAUUAAAUGGCAGAUUUUUCGAAUCGAUAGCGCAAGUUUGAUGACCAAUUUCAGAUAUCACAAGCCCAUGUAGCAUUUUUCUUUCCUUUUGCCGUCAACACUAACAUUGCCACCGUCGCCGCCGCACCGUUUCAGUCAUACAAAAACACACGUCUACAUUUUCGUGCAUAUUUCACUCUAUCUCAGGGUUACAGUCAGGGCAUACGUUUUUUCUUCAUUAAAUUUCAACAUAUACCAAGAAUUAUUUAGAAAAAAAAAUACACACUCUCUCAUUGGUCGAAAUGUUUUGGCAGAUCAUUUCAUCCAUUCCAUCAGCGCGGUAUAUGGAAGCAAAAAAAAAUUAUAAUAAUUUUCAGCAGAAAAAAAAAAGUGGAUUUGAAGAAAAAAAAUCGUUUUUUUUCCUCUCGUAACAGAAACAAAAAAAAAACACUUUCGGCAUAAGUUCAUUUUAUGCCUCUCAAUUUUUUUUUUUGGUGCGUUUUUGUUUAGUUUUGUGAUGUUUUUAUUCUAAAAAAGCAAAAAAACAAUUUUGAGGAUCGCUAGUGGUUGAACUGUGCGUUUUCUAUAAUUAUUGUUUGCUACAAAAAAAAAGAUUCAAAAUAUUUAUGAUCAUUAUAUGUGUCAUCUUAAUUUAUUUGAAUUAAGGAAGUAAAGCUAAAAAAAAGAAAUAAUAAAAAAACAACAACAACAACAACAACCAAUCCAAAUCACUUAAACAAGUCACACACACACACAAGCAAAUAAUCGCUUCAUUCGUUAUUCACCGACUCUCACAAAAACAAAAUACAAAAUGAUAAUACAAAAAAAAAAUCAAAUAAAUUUACAAAUUCUUUUGCUACAUGCUACAAAACAUAAUAGAAUUGCAAACGCACACACCGAAAUUAAAGCCAAUAAACACAACAAACAGCCAAUUGAAUGAAAUAUCGCAGAAAAAGUAAAUCCUGUGUUUUUGUAUCCAUAAUAGAUUUGCUGGUUUUCUCAGUUUCAUACAUAAAAAAAAAAGCAAUCGAAGCGACCAUCAUCCGAAUUAUUUGUUUCUUCUCCUUUUUCUAUUAUGAAUUUACUUUCAAUGUUAAUAAUUAUAUGUUCCCUUGAAGUUUUUCUUUUUCGAUGUUUUAUUUUUAUUAUUUUUGUUUAGUUUAUAUUUUGAAAUAAACAAAAAUUAGUCUAAUUCUUUUAUUUUUGUCGAGAGAGAGAAAUACGGAGAUCAUACCCGGAGAAUGCCAAACAUUUUUCCGCCAUUUAAGAAAAAAAAAACA